ACAUCAGCAAGCAACAAGUCCAUCUGACUGCAGAGUCCAGCGUUAUAGUGACCACCUUCCUGGGCUGCAGAACCAGCAUAGUGACCAGUCUCAGUCUACAGAACCAGCACUGUGAGCAGUACCAGUCUGCAGAACCAGCUUAGUGACCAGUACCAUUCUGCAGAACCAGCACAGUGACCAGUCCCAGUCUGCAGAACCAGCACAGUGACCAGUCCCACUCUGCAGAACCAGCAUAGUUACCAGUUCCAGUAGCAAACUGACCCCCCUACCUGGGCUGCAGAACCAGCAUAGUGACCAGUCCCAUUCAGCAAACCCAGUAUAGUGACCAGUCCCAUUCUGCAGAGCCAGCAUAGUGACCAGUCCCAGUUUGCAGAACCAGCAUAGUGACCAGUCUCUCUUUACUGCAGGAUUCAGUAUAGUGACCAGUCUGUCUGGGCUGCAGAACUCAGUAUUGUGGUUGUGUAAAUCAAUCUGGACUACUAAUUCAAAUUUCCUAUUUAGUGCUGGCUCCAGAUCACUUUUUGGACUUCUCCUUUAACACCGCUUUGCGCAUUAACAUGUCCUGAUUCUUCCCAGAUCACGAAUCAGCCCUGCAUGGGAUCACCGGGCACUCUUUUUCCACCGAAGUUCAUCAAUACUUAUCUGGAUUAAAAAGGAUUAAAUAGGAAGAAAAGAUACAAGACAAGACAUUAAACAUGAUGGUCAAAUCAGAAAAUAAAACCAUGGUGGGAACCUACCAGAGAUGUAAUGGGGAAACACCAAGAGAUGGACCAAGUUCUUGGGGCAGGACUUUGCCCAAUGUGUUGGCUUUUGUCCUGUCCGUUUUAUCCCUGGCAUUUUGUCUCUAUCUCAAUAUAAAAAGCAACGAUUUGCACGGUAGGAUCUGGGCUGUGGAGCAUGGCAAGUCUGGGGACCUCUCCUUCCAUGUACCAGGAUUAUCUGUAGAUCAACUCAACUCCAUCGUGCAGGAGAAGGUGGACCAGCUGCUGUCUCAGAGGUCAUAUGAACACAUGGCGAAAAUCCGAAUCUCAAGAGAAGCUCCAGCAGAAUGCAACUGCCCAGCAGGACCUCCCGGACAAAGAGGCAAAAGGGGCAGAAGAGGUGAACCUGGUAAGUACCAUUAA